AUGGCUCCCACGCGCAUAGACGAGACCGGCUCCAAGAAGCCCCGCGUCGUCGCCCUCGGCACUCCCAAGUUCGUCGGCGAUGAUUACCUCGCCGACUUCAAGACCGAAUUCGACUACUCCGUCCUCGAGGCCACCAACCGCGCCGAGACGAUAGCCAUGCUCCCCGAAUCCUUAAAAAAAGACGGUCCCAUCGACGCAUUCAUCAUCCGCAUGGGCACCCCGCCCUACGAGCCCUUUGACGAGGGCCUGCUGGGCGCGCUUGUGCCUAACUGCAGGAUCAUCACCUCCGCCAGUGCGGGCUUCAACGAGUUCGACGUCGAGUGGAUGGCUUCCGAGAACAUGUGGUUCUGCAACACCGUCGAUGCCGUCGCUGAGGCGACGGCUGAUAUGGCCAUGUUCCUGACCCUGGCGGUGCUGCGCAACACGAGCAACGCAGAGAGGAGCGCCCGCGCGGGCACGUGGAGGGCUGCGCCUGGUCUCGUGCCUGGAAGGGAUCCUUCUGGGCUGACCCUGGGUAUUGUGGGAAUGGGAGCUAUUGGAAAGUACCUGGCGAAGAAGGCGGCGGUUUUCAACCUCAAGAUUAAGUACUACAACAGGCAUCAGCUACCCGCGGAAGAAGAGGCCAAAUACAACGCGACAUACUGCAGCUCCCUCCACGAGCUUCUCGGGCAGUCAGAUAUUGUGUCGCUCAACUGCCCUCUCAACGACCAGACAACAGGCCUCAUUGGCCCCGACGAGUUCGCUGCCAUGAAGGACGGCGUUUUCGUCGUCAACACCGCGCGCGGUCCCGUCAUCAACGAGAAGGCCCUGAAGGACGCGCUUGCGUCCGGCAAAGUUGCGCGGGCCGGCCUGGACGUCUUCUGUGACGAGCCCAACCCUGACCUCGAGCUGUUGAACCACGAGAAUGUUAUCGCACAGCCCCAUCUCGGAGGUCUGACGGAUAUGGCGUUCCAGAAGGCGGAGAGGGAAUGCUUUGAGAACAUCAGGGCGCUUUUCAAGACGGGCAAGCCUAAUUCGCCUGUUAUUGACAUCACGAAAAGGAAGGCUGAGAAGCUCUCCAGCUGA